CUUUUUGGUUGUGGUUCAGAGCUACAGCGUCAGCAGGCGGUAGUAGCAGCGAUGUGACCGAGAACCGUAACGUUGGGGGUGUUUUAGGUCGAAGUGGCCUCUAACCGAAAUGGGGUAACAUGAAUACUGUAACUACGGAUAGUUGUGCGGUUGAGGAGGAGGACUGUUCGGAGACGGAGGUUUCAUGUCUGAUGAGAGUCGGAAAAAACUCGGACUGGCUUCGUUUGUUCGAAAACGCAGAGGUCACUGUUGGACGCGGUGUGGAGGUAACCCACCAGCUCUUAUCUUCAACUUGCCCUCUCAUGAUCUCCAGACUGCACUGUUCCUUCAUGCAAAGGGAAGACGGCCAGUGGACUGUGACAGACAAGAAGAGUCUCAACGGUGUGUGGGUGAACGGAGAGCGGAUACCUUCGGAGCAACCCCAUCUGCUCAGACUUGGAGACUCUAUCCGGCUUGGAGUUCCUUUGUUAGGAACCAAAGUGGAGUUUGACUACAUUCUCAUCCGGCUGCCGCUCAAAGACAUUAAACCCUGCCUGGUAAAGGGACAUAAAGAGGACACUAAAGCAGCCCACACACCCAAAAAGGUCAAGAGGAAGUUGGGUGUAGAAGAGGUUGAGCCUUCUACCUCAAAGCAUAAGCUUUACCGCUGCUCUUCUGCAGACAAGUCCUUUGCAAAGCCCUGUCCCCUGUCUCCUACGAAGCCAACGCAGCGGCUCAGUCACACACAGCCUGAGGAGACUGCAACCAGCAGACAAGUGCAUGAAGGAGAUCAGACUUCCGAUGGCACCAGUUCUGCCUUGGACCUCGACAACUUGCAGAUGUACAGCCAGAAUAUUUUGCUGCUAAGGGAGCAGGUUAAUGACACGCAGAGGCAGGUCGAAUCUCUCGAAGGAGAGCCCAGACAGGCAGACCCUCUCCAGGGGGAGCAGGUCCAGGAGCUGCAGGCUCAGCUAGAGGCUCUCAGAGCCAAAAUGCACCGCAUGGAGACGUUGGAGAGAUCCUUCAGCGAAACAAGGAGGCACUUAGAGGAGCAGAAAACACACCACCAAGAUGAGCUCAUGAAACAACAGCUUAAAGAGGCCUUACAUGAGCAAAAGAAAGUGAUAGACGAACUUGCCCUCUCUCGAAAAGGCUUUGAGGAGAUUAUAUCGGCUAAAAACAAAGAGCUUGAAGUAACAAAGGAGGAGAAAGAAAAGGCAAGGGCCCAGAAAGAAGAGGUAGUUACUCAAGUUACUGAAGUCCUGGAGAAUGAGCUUCAGUGCAUCAUCUGCUCAGAGCUCUUCAUCGAGGCCGUCAUCCUGAACUGUGCCCACAGUUUCUGCUGUUACUGCAUCAAGCAGUGGCGCAACAAGAAAGAUGAGUGUCCCAUCUGCCGUCAGGCCAUCCAGUCACAGACCCGCUGUCUGGCUCUGGAUAACUGCAUCGACCGCAUGGUGGAGAACCUAAGCCUUGACAUGAAGGCCCGGCGGCAGACCCUCAUCACUGAGAGGAAAGCAGCCGCCACCGCUGAGGUGACGGUGAUCCACGAUGACGACAGUAGCAGGAGCAGUGACAGCAACAGUAGCAUGGUGUCCAUAAACAGCAGUCUCAGCUCUGUGGUCUCUGUGGAGACGGACAGCAGCAUCCAUUUGGACUCGGAGGACAGUUUUGGUGAAUUUGAAGAUUAGCCCGUUUUCCUCCCCUGUUGGCUGGAAUGCUAACUGGACUUUGUGGAGUUUUAGCAUUCUCUGGAAUGUUCUGAGGAUGUUUAGGAUAUAGUACAAAAACCUUUUGGGUUCAUCAGGAAUCCACAAAAUGUUCCUUUGUGUUUAAUGUUUGUUUUUGUAAAGAGAUCAUUUGAGUUAUUCUGUGAAUUUACAGCUUAAGGAAUAAAGUUGCUUCCUAUGCAUUUUCACCAUCA